AUGCCGAGGACGCUACCACAACUUUCCUUCAACACGAUCUGCCCACCCCUGUGCUUGCCAACGCCGAAUUCAUUCGACCAAGUGCCACCACAGUUCCAGCCACAACACCUGCCCCCGAGCCCUCUGCUCCAGCACCCCCCUGCCAUCCACCCGACCGGCAAGUAUCGAUCGCAGAGCGGACUCAUGGAGCUCCUCGGCUCCAGCAAGAAGCCCCAACCUCGGACGUCCUCCAGAGACGAUGACUCGAAGCCCAUGAAGAGGGCGGUGGGUGUGAUGGAGGGGAGGGCAGGCGGAGGGGGUGGGGGAGGGGGUGGUGAGGAGGGCGGUGCCUCACGUUCCUCCUACAUGUGUCGCAAGUGCCGUGCUCACGGCCGCCUCAUUGCAGUGCGUCAGCACAAAAGGAACUGCCCCUACAAACACUGCAACUGCUCCGUGUGCUCUCUAGUCAACUACGUCGCUCGCCAGAUAGCCCUCUACCGGGACCAAAAGAACCACCACGCUGACGAAGGCGGUAUAGCUGGCAAAUUAAAGCACGGAGUGUCAAGGUCACGAGUGGUGCAGGAAUCGAACAAGGAAAUCGGACUGAAGACACAGGGGAAACUUGGGACCGACGAGGUUACCUUUCCACCACCAUUCUACACCAAACCAACAGGCAAACCCAGACAGGAGAAGCAGAAGACCAACGAAGACCAAGAAAUUCAGCCGGGCAAUCAGGACGAUUACGGCCUGAGGACAAGUAUUCCACCACCGCCACCACCGCCGAUGUCUCAAAUUGACGCUAAUUUCCAGGGGUCGGGCGGUACCACGUUGGUGGAACAGGAGGAGUCCUUCUAUCCAUCGCGAGCUCAGCAGGCAGCGGCAUUUGCUGCUGCAGCCGCAGCCGCAGUCGCGUUUCAACAGGAGGCGGCAGCGUCACGCGUGGAGGCUCCAGUUCCAGUGAAGCAGGGCUGUCAGGCCGACUUUGGGGGCCAGUUCAUGGAGGAGGCGGAAUAUGGCGCCAUGUCGGACGCCUGGGUGUGCAGUGGUGACAUCAAGUGUGUUCUGACGUCCAAGGACGUCUGCGGUGUUCCAUUGGAGGAAUUCUCGACGCAGACUGGAGGCGGUGCGUUUUGGCAGAGCUCGUUUUCUGCACCCAGAGAUGAUGAUCCAAUCAGAACAGGUUGGUUGUUUAACUCCGAUCGAUAA